GUUUUUGAACUAUCAUGGAAUCUAAUAAAAGAGUAUUCUCCAUCCAAAGUCAUGUUGUUAGUGGAUAUGUAGGUAAUAAAUGUGCCGUCUUUCCAUUACAGGUAAUGGGUUUUGAGGUUGAUACUAUAAAUUCUGUGCAGUUAUCAAAUCAUACUGGAUAUAAAACUUAUCGUGGCCAAGGAUUAAACGAAAUUAAUUUAGCGGAAUUAAUAACUGGUCUUGUUGAGAAUGAAUUGCAUAAUUAUUCAUAUCUAUUAACUGGUUACAUCGGAUGUCCAAUGUUUUUAAAGAAAAUUGCAGAAGUUUAUAAAAUAUUAAAAGAGAAAAAUCCAGAUUUGAUAUAUGUUUGUGAUCCUGUAAUGGGCGAUAAUAAAAAAAUGUAUAUUCCAAAAGAAAUAUUAGAUGUUUAUAAGAAUGAAAUCAUACUUACUGAUAUCCUUACACCGAAUGCAUAUGAAUUAGAGUUAUUAACUGGUAUAACUAUUACAACUGUCAAUGACAUUUAUAAGGCCUUGAAUAUAUUAAAUAAUCAGGGUUGUAAGACAAUAGUUGUAUCAUCUUCCAACUUAUCUUCAAAUUCUGUUAUAAAAUGUAUUGGAAGACAUUUUUCUUCUGAUGAAUAUGUAGAAUUAGAUAUUCCCAUAAUCGAUCAACACUUUACUGGCACUGGAGAUUUAUUUACUGCUUUGUUAUUAAUAUGGACAAACUUAACUAAUAAUGACUUGAAACGUUCCAUGGAAAAAACAGUUGCAACUAUUCAGGCGGUAUUAAAUUGUACCAUAAAAUACACAAAUGAAAAUGGUUCAAAAAAACCAAUGAGCAAAAAAGAAUUAAAAUUAAUUCAAAGUUUUAAUGAUAUUCAAAAUCCUGAAGUAACAAUAUUUGGUACUACAAAUAAAAUUGUAUAA